AUGCCUGGAGUCAAGCGAGAUUACCGAGGAAACAAGCGGGAUCUCCCUGUCCGCGAUGUCCCACGAAAUCAGUACACCUCAAUGUUUGAGGGCUUUCGCGAUGAGCUCGACAAGCAUCACGACCGCAGAGAAAAGAUCGUUAAGGUCUCGAGAGACGUCACGGCAUUGAGCAAGAAGAUCAUUUUUUCGUUGCAGAGAGUGCGCAAGCUUAACCAGCCUAUCCCCGCCAAUAUCACCAAGGAAAAUGAAGAGCGGUUGGUUGACAUAAAAGCUCUGCUGUCGACUAUUGUGGAGGAUGUGUCGGGCAUUCGUCGACACCGUUACAAUCUCAUGUGCUUGGAAGAGUUUGUCGAGGCUGUAUCCUUCGCCCACUAUCUCGAACACCAGGAACUCAUCACUCCUCAAAAGACGCAGGAAUGGCUCGGCGACGUCAACGUUCCAUUCACUCCUGCUGAUUACAUCUACGGUGUCUUUGAUCUCACUGGCGAGAUGAUGCGCUUCGCUACCACAGUCACGGCUCUCACCGGUGCGAUCCCCACGGGUAUCACGGAAGACAAGCAGGAUGACGAAGACGCCAUGAAAGUGGAUGAGCCAUCCAACGCAAAUGAUGUUCCGCCAAGAAACAUCCUGAGUGAUCUGCAAGACGUCUCCAGUAUGCUGCAGCUCAUUCAGUUGUCUGACAGAACGUACAAGAAAAAGAAGGACGUCAUGAUCGAACAGGUGCGAAAGGUAGAACGUGUUGGCUACGGUGUCACUGUUCGUGGUAAUGAGCGUCCUAAGGGCUGGAUGCCGGAUAUGAAUGAAGAUUAUGGUGGCGGAAAUCAUGAUGACGAUGGAGCUUUGGAAUAA